CCUCGAUCUCUUGCUCCUAAACUCAACUACACAACUUCAUCCCAACUUCAUCCCAGUACCUUUUAAAUCCUCCACCCAAGAUAAUCAACGCAUUCACCACCACCUGCCCUGACCCUCUAGCGACAGCCAAUACACUCUGCGACGCAAAUCACAGGAUGACAUCGCACAGUAAUGCGGAGCAGGAAGAGCCUACGACGGGGCUUCCGACGACGGACAGCGAAUCCGAUGUGGAAGAGGAUGCACACAGCGAUGUGGACGAGGAGGCGAUGAAGAAGUGGCUCUCGACGACGUACGAGCGCGGCUCGACAAAGCCCAUGAAGGAGCCUCUCACAGCACCUUGGGGUCUGCCGAUCAGUAAUGCAGACGUAGAAAAGCUUAAAGCCGGGUUUAAAUCUCAAAGCAUGGACGACAAAUGGGACAUGCUAGUCGAGGAUCCGGACAAACACGGCAACAUAUCUCUACACAUCCUUCGAAACUGGUUACGGGAGGAGUGCUACAUACUUCAUAUUGUUCCGAAACCAAGCAACGAUGAUGGCGGGAGUGCAAAGAUCCAAAGCAUCACCUGGGAAGGGAACAAGUCAGGGUUACAAUGUGAUGCAGAGCAGGCUAAGAAGGAAGCCGUAAUUCUUUCUAGAGGCCACCUCCAUUGCGAGUUCGAGACGCUCCCGCACUACCCGCCCUCGGUGUUUUGGGAUCCUAGUGCUUAUAAGAAGCUGGACGCGGAAUAGGUUACUAGGCCCGGCCAGAGAGCCAUCCGGCAAGCAUGGAGGAGUUAUCUCAUGUUAGGGUUAUUUUCCGAUACCUUUAGCUGAUAUGAUAGUCAAUUUUUCUUGGUAC